AUGAAAAAUAUUUCUCAGUUUGAUAAUAUUCGAUUAUAUGAUAUUGAUCUUUUCGAAAAAAACAUUGUUAAGUGUCAUUGGGAUUAUUUUAGUUAUUUAAUUAUUGAAGUAAAUUGUCAAAUAUGUUUUGGUGCAUCUCAAUAUGAAUCAUGUUCAAUACAUAAUCAAUGUGGAUGUUUACAAAUAACAUCUAAUAAUGGUCAUGGAAAUAUUUGUCAAAAACCUGAUCAUAUCUGUGUUCAUCAUCCACAUUGCCAUCAUUAUCCUCUUUGUUAUCCAUUGGAAAUAGCAAAAAAAAUUUGUCCAGUAGCAGCAAGCACUGGAGAACCAGGAAAUGAUAGUAAUCAAUUAAAUAAUCCACAGGAUAUUUUUGUUGAUAAUAAUGAAACAAUAUAUAUAACUGAUACUAUGAAUGGACGUGUUCAAAUGUGGUUUAAAGGAGAUUUAAAUGGAACAACAAUUGUGGAAAAUAUUGAUUCUAUUGGAAUAGUUGUAGAUACUGAAGAAUCAAUUUAUAUAACUGAUUGGUUAAAAGGUCAACUUACAAAAUGA